UUAGAGGCCAUGAAGCUGCACCAUCAACACCUCUUGGCUGGCCAUCUGGCAAUUGAGAGGGCUUACAAGCGCAUGGCGCGAGAGUUCUACUGGCCAGGGAUGUAUGGCGACCUUCGCAAGCAUAUCGACGCUUGUCCAGCUUGCGAGAGCAAACGAAACCUGAGGACAAACAAGAGAGCGAGCAUACAGAUACCGCCAGUUGAGAGACCAUUCCAGAGGGUGGCCAUGGACUUCAUCGGUCCGUUUCAACCUUCAGAAGAUGGCAAUCAGUGGGCGCUUACCAUCCAGGAUGACUUCACGAAAUUGCCAGAGGUUGAGUCUUUCCGCAGUGCACCGACCGGUGAAGACACGGUUAAGGCAAUCAUCAGGGUCAUCGCGAGACACGGAGUUCCGGAAGAGAUCAUCACCGACAAUGGGAGCCACUUCGUCAACCAAUUGAUGCAUAAGGUGACGACCAGGCUGCGGAUCAAACAUACUCGGGCUUCACCGCUGCAUCCACAAGGCAAUGGGAUGAUUGAGCGUUUCAAUCGCUCUCUGAAGGAUGGCAUUCGUCCGUACUUGGACAAGAAGCAGACGAACUGGGACAGGGCCAU